AUGUUUUAUCAUGAAUGGAAAUACUCUAUUAACCCUAAAAAAUUCGAUGAUGUCAAUCUCACACAAUUCAGAAAUACAAGGAUAAAAACAGUACUCAGUUAUAUAUUCGGAGUUUGGUUCAUUCUAAUUUUAAAGUUAGCUUUCCUUGUCUCUGACUGUUACACAUGCAUAAAAUUAUUAGCAUAUAAUUCGUGGUCCAAUAAUGUAAUAAAACCCUAUCUUCCAUUUCAUAUCUCUAAAUGGCUCUUCAGUGGCUGUAUUUUUGCCUCUUUUGUUUUGAUGCUAUGGGAAAUUAUUUCAGGGAUACGUGUAUUACGAACGAGGAACAUAGCCCUUUGUUAUGUGAACAACUUUGCAAGACUGGUUCAAUCUAUUACUGACUACUCGAAAUUUUGCAUUAUGGAUAAAAUAACACCUUCUACAUCUUUUGAAAAAUGGACUUUCUUUAUAUUUUUUGAGUUGAAAGAUUGUAUUGGAAUAUUAUUUACAGAUACACCUAGACAAGUGAUAAAUGCAUUAACACUGUGGUCUGUCGUAAUAACUACAAAUAGAAAUGAUUUAGAUCUGGGCGAUCUACAGUCAUUUAGUGAUGUACUCUCAAGAAUAAGGUAUAUUGCUAAGUACAAUCAUGCGGAGGCAGUUCUACUAUCGUUUAUGCUCUUUUCAUAUGCAAUCUGGCUAUUUUUUAUUGCAAAACUAAUAGUCGCCAUCAUUUUCUCACCUUUUGUGUAUUAUAAAUUAAUCAAAAGAGGUAAUUGUACAAGUAUUAGAGAGUUCUGUUGCAUUUCAAUUGGCGUUAACAUUGACUCUAUUGUCACAAUACAAAAAGAGAAGUACGAUAGAUACGAUAGCGCUAGCAUUUUAAGAUUGAAUUUUUAUGACGAUGAAUCGCAAUUAGAAACCCAUAUCAUGAAAACUUCAAAAUUUGGUAAAUAUGACAUUGAAAAGGUUGGUUCUAGAAGUUCGUCUGUUUCAUUAUCUAAUGCCAUGUUUUUGAAUGAUGAUGAUAAUUCAUCGUUUAAACUAUAUCAUUCCAAUAACAGCGAACCUUUGAUAUUAGAUGAACCCAAAAGAAUAACGUCUAUUAUCUAUGGAACCAACUCCCAAAUGCAUCACUUUCUUCCAGAAAAAAACAAAUUUAAUAAUUCAGCAUCACGACCUAAACCAGAUGUAUUUAUUGACACAAACAUGAUAGAUUCUAAAUCACACAAAGAUAACCAUGUUUUCACACCAGACAAAGCAUAUUUUAGAGCCAAAUGA